GGGCUCGGAAAACAUCAGUGCUGACAAAGCAGUGUGGAUUUCUGCAUUUCCAUUGAUAUAAAAUAGUCUGAUGUAUGCUGUAUCUCUUUUUUAGAUUGCUGAUAAUGCUUUGAACUUCUCUCCUGAGCUUCCAAUGGACCUACAAAGGAAGAGACGAACAGUUCAGCCUGCAGGUCCCUUGGAUGGAGGCUAUGGCUGGUUCAUAGUGCUUUCCACCUUCCUUGUCUUUGGUCUGACAUUCGGUGUAAUCAAGUCCUUUGGCGUGUUCUUCGUUGAAAUCCACCACUACUUCGCAACCACAGCAACUGCAAGCUCAUGGAUCACAUCCAUCUCUGUGGCAGCUGUACAUUUUGGGGCCCCCGUAGGCUCUGCAUUGAGCGCGUACUUCGGCCAUCGGCCAGUGGUCAUGGUGGGGGGCCUGCUGAGCAGCAUUGGGAUGGUGGCAGGGUCAUAUUCCCAGGAUCUGCUACAGCUGUACAUCACUGUGGGGUUCCUUACAGGAUUUGGCUACGCCCUGACCUGGACCCCUACUGUCACCAUGCUGGGCUGGUACUUUGAAAAGUGACGGCCUGUGGCCAACGCUCUGGUCAGCGCAGGAGAGUGCAUCCUUACCUUCAUCCUCACCCCAUCCUUUCAGUUCAUGGUGGAACAGUAUUCCUGGAGGGGAGCGAUGCUGAUCCUGGGAGCUCUGCAGCUCAACUUGUGUUUGUGCGGAGCUCUUCUGAGACCCCUCAACAGACACAUUCCUCCUAAAGAGCUCAUAGAGGACAAUGAAAAUGAGAUGGAGCAAACUAACACAGACUCUAAAAGUUUAAAUAACAAGUCAGACUCGAAAAAAUCUGAUCCACUGAAGGUCAAAAUAAUACGCUUCAUGGACUACACGCUUAUCGCUAAUGCUCGCUUCAUGGUCUACGCAGUGUUUGGUGUCUUCGCUGCUCUCGGCUUCUUUGCUCCAUCUCUCUUUCUGGUGCCGUACGCCCACAGUCAAGGAGUGGAAGAGUACCAGGCGGCUACUCUCAUGUCCAUCUCUGCGGUGCUAGAUUUGUUAGGACGGGUGUUUUUCGGGUGGGUGGCUAAUCUGCAGCUGGUGAAGACAGUCCAUCAACUGAUUGUCACAGUGAUUCUUUUGGGCAUUGUUCUGUUGCUUUGCCCAUUAGCAACCACAUUCACCCAGCUAGCGUUGUUCAGUUCGGCUUACGGACUGGUGUUAGGUGCCACUGUGGCAAUUCACAUCACGGUACUAGCGGAAGUGGUGGGGGUGGAGAGGCUUGGGAGCGCACUGGGAUUCUUCAUGCUCAUCCGCAGCAGCAGUGGCCUCCUUGGACCACCUUUGGCAGGAAUCUUCAUAGACAAAAUGAGUGACUAUGGUGCUGGUUUUCUGAUGGCAGGUGUGGCUCUUCUAGUCUCUGCCCUCUUUCUGCUUGUAUUACAGCAGAUGAACAAAAAUGGGACAGAAAAGGGAAAAGACAUCAACUUGGAGAACGGGAAAGGACAUGAGGACACAGGGAUAUGAAAAACAGCAUAAUUUGUUAUGUUUCACAUGCACCCAUGUAAGCAGAGAUUAUAAUUAGAGAUGACUGUCAAAAGUGGUGAAACUGACAUCAUGGCUAAUGCUGCUGACAUGCACUUUCUGUUCAUUCCUGAAGAAAAAAUCACUCUUAAUGAUGCUGAGUGAACAGACAUUUCCCACCUAAAUGAAGUAAUUGAUGGAUUCUGGGAAGUCUUCUUAGUGUAGUCCUAUAAUGAUACCAUUGCAAGCAGAUUCAUCAGAUCUAUUGCUCUGGAAAAUGGGCUCUGCCUUAAUAGACUAAUGCAAGCUGACUUAGUUUAGCUACAGCCAAAGAUGAUCACAUGCUGUCAAAAACAAUAUAUGCUGCAAUUUCUUGUAUGACAUUAUGUAUGUAUUUUAUUCAGUCUGUCCAAAAUUACACUAAUUGAAAUUUG